CCUGUUUAGUAGUAAUCUCGUCGGCGGUGCUGCGUGUGUGGUGUAUAGUGCGGGCGCGAAGGUUACCGACCAAAGUCUCUUCGUCGUGACACCGUCGGGGACUAUCCGAGACGAGACGACGGUCUGACGAUACUCAGCGGAGCGGAGCAGUGAUUGCGGAAGGGAAUCCUCCGGUGACCCGCGGCACGAGGGAACGACGCGUCGACACGGCGACCAAGGGGAAAAUGUCCGGUAAGGGAAACGGCGGCGGCGAUGCCGCCGGCGGCAGCGGCGACGGCAGCAACGGCGGCGGCUGCUGCUCGACGAUCGUCAAGAAGCUCGGCCUGCGACCGGUCACGCGGUGCAACCUCGCCAAGUUCUACGCGCCCGCAUUCGGCGCCGCCUCGUACACCGCGAUGUCCGUCAACGUCAUGAACCCGAGCCUCGUCAUCAAAGUAUUCCCGAAGAGGGACAUUACGAAUUUCUUACUGGCCGGCACUCUGGUUGGUACCGGAUCGUACAUCUACACACGUGAACACAUGAAGACUGCACCACAGUCUGUGAGAAUCCUAUACAGUGCUACCGGCGCGGUAUUAUUGAGCCUGGGAUCGGUCUUGCUGUGGGCGGUGAUACGUUCCAUAGUACCACCAAGCCCGGUCUGCUGCACGAUAGCUGGCAUCGGCACCGGCGUGGCGUUUCUGAAAGUCGGCUCGAGUUACCUCGAAUUCGUGGACGGGCAAAUAGCGAAAAAGUAGGCUGUUCUUACAUUGCUUUCUUAUCUUUUUCCUUCCUAUUUUGGAUUUGUAUUUCGAAUUGUUACGGAAUGAAAUUGUACUACGUCGAGCAAGGAAUACGGCACCCUUUUGUCUGCUGCAUUUUAAGCGUGACUCCCGAAUCGACUUGCGUCCUGUGAAAUCUUCGUUUCACGCGACGGGAGAUUACGAAGGAGCGAUUUGAUCGAUCCAUUGAAUUCCUAAAAUCUUUUGGGUGCAAACUAAUAUUAUGUAAUAUUUUUUCCACCGUGACUUUUUAUAUACGCGCGUUUCUUUUCAAAAGCAAAAAGAAAAGUAAGAAAAAGGUGAAUUGUCGCACAAAAAUGUGAUAUCGGCGAUUCUCGGCGAUUGAUCGUUUUACGAUUUGUAGCGAACGUGUUAAUAAAAAAAAACAAUCGUGCGCUUUUCUCUUCGCUCUCGUAUCACUGACACGAUAAACACGGCACUUGAUAAAUUGUUGCAUAAGGUAUACAUCGGUAAUGCACGCGCACCAUGAGAACUUAAACGAUACCUCGUAAUUCCGGUGCGAAACCGGGAAGUACGAGCGUCGUACAUUUAUUGACAAACGUAUUUUGUAAGCUGCAUAAGAGUCAUAUGUAGAUAACUGUCACCAUAAAUGUAUGAAUAUACGAAUUGUGACACGAUAGAAAAAAAAAAGGAAUGAAA